ACACAGAGCUAUACAGUCCAUAAAGGGGCCACCCAUCUCCGAGGCUUACCUGGCUACAGCACUGGACUGCUGAUAGCCAUCAUGUGGUAGACCCUUUGGUUAUGCAGCAGUAACUGUUGGGGACUUGGGGGGCCUUUCUGAGUCUCUGCCUUCUUCAGGGGAGCUCCCUCCUCCUUCCAGAUCUGGAGCCUCUUCGCAGCCUGCAGAAAGUGGGUCUCAGCAGAUUUAGUACUGUAGGGUCCAGAUGGGCCCUUAGACUGAGUGGCCCUGUUCUUCCAUUUCAGGCCCUCUCUGAAUUCCCAAAUGAGAAAAGACUAACGUUAGGGCCCUGGAUCUCCAUGCCCUGUGACCUUGCUGAGCCCAUUAAGAAUUCCUACUGGACUCAGAAAGGCAGUCUUUCAGCUCCUUCAGCCCAGUGCUGUGCACCACUCACCUUCACCAAGAAGCAGCUCAGCAGACAGUGCCUGGCAGAGCCAUGCUUCACAAUGUCAGCCACAGCAAAGGUGUGGUCUACGCAGAUACUGCCCUGAUGGGGCAGGACAGGGACAGGGAAAGCGUGUGGGUAGAAGUUGGAGGAGCCCUGGCCCCCAAUACCUCCUCCCUGUUUCCCCCCGAGCCUCCGGGGGCCUCAAGCAACAUCAUUCCUGUCUACUGUGCUCUCCUCGCUACUGUGGUCCUUGGUCUGCUGGCCUAUGUGGCCUUCAAAUGUUGGCGCUCACAUAAGCAAAGACAACAGCUGGCCAUGGCCAAAGCUCGGACUGUAGAGCUAGGGGACCCUGACAGGGACCAGCGGCAUGGUGACAGCAGUGUCUUUGUGGACUCUCCUCAUUGUCUGGAGCCCUGUAUCCCCAGCCAGGGACCACAUCCUGACCUUGGUUGCCGACUUUACCUGCAUAUUCCGCAGCAGCAGCAGGAGGAGGUCGAGCGGCUCUUGAUGUUGGGUGAACCUGCCAAGGGCUGGCAGGGGCUGGCAGGCCACCUGGGCUACCAAGCUGAGGCCGUGGAACUCAUGGCCCGUGGCCAGGCACCAGCCUAUGCCCUGCUAAGGGACUGGGCUGCCCAAGAAGGCAGCAGAGCCACCCUCAGAGUGCUAGAGGAUGCCCUGGCUGCCAUAGGCCGAGAAGAUGUGGUCCAGGCUUUGGGCUCAGCAGCUGAGGGCUGCUCUGUGGUGUGAGUGGCAAGCCCCAGUGCUGCCUGCACUGGCAGGCACUCCUUACCAUCCUUACUGCCUCAGGUCCCCUUCAUGGACUUCCUAGUACUUCUGGCUUCUGAAGUUCUGCAGAACACAGAAGAUCCAGCCGCUUCAUGUCCCUGCACCCUCCUCUCCAAGACAGGAAGCAGAAGAUGGUGAGAUGGGUAAGAUCUGCCCACAGAUCCCCAUUCUGCCUCCCUUUAUUUAGCUCUAGCUAUUUUUUCUAUUGUUUUUAAAUCACAUAUUAAAGGCAACUCUGACUUGUA